AUGCCCUACCCCAAGGCAGGUCCACGCUCGCAGUCGUCGCGCGGGAGAAAGCGAGGACGUACUCGCAUCCUAACCGAUACUCCGGAAAAAGCAGCCAUCGAAGAACAAUCAAAUAAAAAGUUGGCGAAGAUAGCAGAGAUAGAAAUGAAAAGGAAGAAUAAAGAAAAUAGGCCUACCAAGAAAACAGUGAGACAAAUCUUUUCACUAAAAAAAAUUGACGAUGACACCUCAUCUGAUUCUGAUGAAUGUCCUCCACUUCCAUCAUCGUCAGGGGGGGAAGAAGAGUUAUGCAGUGAUGGCGAGGGUCAUAGAGCUUUUGAGCCCAUCAGAAAAGAAGUAGGGGAAUUUGUAGUUGCAAUUUACAAUGGUUUGUCAUACCCAGGAAAAAUUACAAAAAUACAUGAAAACGGGGCUACAAUAAAAGCAUUGGAAAAAAGUGGAAGGCUUUGGAAGUGGCCAGCAAGGGAAGACGAAAUAUUUUAUGUGUGGGGUGACAUUUUGGGACACUUGCCGGAGCCGACGAAAUUUUCAAAAACACGUGACAUUUAUUCCGUGCCACUUCUCGAAUAA